AUGAUUUAAAAAUACAUUAUUAUCUUGCAUAUAUUGAAGUAUUAAUUGAUGUUUAAUAAGGUUGAUUAAUACCUAAUGUACUUAUUAUACUUAAACAUUUUGGGUUGAUGUUGAUUUUGCAAGCCAAUUGACUCUAAUUGAAGAAAAUAAUAUUAUUGAUAUUGGAGAUGGUCUGGAAUUCAACAAAGGUUUAUGGAUCAAUUAUCUUCCUAUGAAUAACUAGAAUGAAGCAUGUAUAGUUAUAAUUUAUAGUAGAAAUUAAUGAUGGAGACAUUUCAGUAAAAUAUCUCAUUUAUUCACUUUUAAAAAGUCAAUGGGCUGAUGAUGUUUUACUAGCAUUUUUAGAAUUAAACUUACAAGACAAUACAAUAUCGUUUAAUAUAUAUAUAAAAAAUAAAAAUCCAAAUCCAGAUGAGCUAUAAUGGUAAUAUUAUUAAUUUAAUAUUAAUUUAUAUACAAUUGAUGGAGAUUGGAUAUUAUUUUAUUAUUAUAUUAAGAAUGGAUAAAUAAAAUUGUAUCUUUAUUCCUUCAACUAAAAUGAUUUUUAAAUUAAAGAAGUUACAUGGAAUGGUGAUUUUACAUAUGUAAUGUAUGAUUAUACAGGUGGCUUUAAUGUUAUUGGAAUAGACAAUAAUUUUUUGAAUUUUAAUAUAUUUCCAGGAAAAAUAUCUAAAGUUUUUCAGACAGAUAUUAAUGUUUUUGAUAAUUUAAAUUACUUUCUGGAAAAUUGUAAUGCAGUAUUUAUUUGCAAUACUGAAACAAUAGAAAUAUUAACUAGUAUUGAAUACUUUAAUGGAGAUCAUAUAGUAGAUGGAGUUAGUUAGUAUGAAAUAUUAAGAAAUUAAUAUAAAAUAUCAGGUUGGGUUAAACAAGAUAAAUCUGGAUAUUCAAUAAUUAAAAAUCAAAUUUUAUUUAGAUUAUCAAUUAAUCAAGACUAGAGUGAUCAUAAUUUGAUUGGAAAUAAACUAUUAUAUGUUAUUUAUAUUUAAAAUGAAUACUAAGAUUUAUUUGGAAUAGAAAUACAUACUUAUAGUUAUGAUAUGCCUAUCAAAUCAAAAACUUAUAUAACAUCUCCAGGAGUAAUUCAAAAAGUACUUGAUAAAAAGUAUAGUGAACUUUUAAAUAAAUGGCAUUUCUUUCAAUUUGAAGUUGGAUCUAAUUUAAAUUAAGGAUAACCUAUUUAUAGAAUCUAUUUUCCAAGUGAAGAUACACAUACUUAAAUUGUUUGGGAUUAAGAAAUACAUUAUUUUAAGAAUACUAUGCUAUAUUAUUAUUUAGGUGGAGAUGAUAUAUAAUAUCACAAUUUUUAAGGAUAUCUAAGUAAUUGGAAAUUGUAAACAUUUUGCUUUGAAUUUGAUUCAACUUUAGAUAUUCCUUGUGAUUACACUUGUUUAACUUGUAAAGGACCUACUAAUUUUGAUUGUUUAAGUUGUCCUAUAAAUUCUCAUAGACUUUAUUCUGAUUUAGGAUAUUCUUGUCUCUGUGAAUAUGGAUUCUAUGAGAUACCUGGAAAUCCAGUUUGUUAAAGUAAUAAAUUAAUAGAUAAUUAGAUUAUUUGGAAGAGAUUUAGACUUUAUAAUUAAUAUAUUAAGAAAAUGAAUGUUAUUUUGAAGGUUAUUUUAAUUGUGAUAAAUAAAAUAUAUUAUGUGAAUAUGGAUACUUUUAAUACAAUAAAUAAUGUAUAAAAUGGUAACUUAUAAAAUUAAUAUUAAGUCCAUUGAAUGAGAAUUACAAAUUCUUAAUGGAUUGUUCAAAUUGUUUAAUUUACCCUGAUUCAUUUGCAUCUACUCUUUUAUGUGAGGAAAAAUAUUUGUCUAAUUCAGAAAGUGAAAUAUUCAUUCGUGAUUGGAAAUAUAUUGAUGAAAAAUAAUUGUAUAUAUUAUAUUUAUUUGAGGUACUAAAUGCAUAUAACUGCUGAUAAUAAGCACUAUUUAUAAAUUAAUGCAGGCUUAACAAAUUACAAAUGUAAAUCAGGUUUAUAUAUGGAUGAAAAUAAUAAUUGCCAAUCAUGUAUUGAAAAUUGUUAGUUUUGUAAUGGACCAUCUACUUAUUUAUGUACUUAAUGUUAUAUGGGAUAUAAAAAAUCUUUAUUUGGAAAUUGUGUAGAAUGUGAAAAUUGUAGACUUUGUUCAACAGAAAAUAAUGAAGAAAUAUGUCUAUUAGCUGCUUUUUGUAAACCACUUCAGUAUUGGAAAGAUAAGAAAUGUUAUAAUUGUGGCCUAUAUUGUUAAACUUGCAAUUAAGAUUAAUGUUUUACUUGCUUUAACGAAACUAAAUACUAUGUACGUUUAGAUAGAUAAAGUUGUGGAAUAUGUUCAAUAGAACAUUGUAAAUAUUGUUUUGAAUAUUUAUAUUGGUAAGGAUAUUAUUAUACUUCAUUUGAAUUCUCAAUUUAUUUAGGCUUUUAUGAUUAAUAUUAGAUUUUUAUUGGAUGUGCUGAAUGUUAUCCAGGUUAUGCAUUUUCCCUUAUAACAAAUAAAUGUGAAAUUUAAUCAGAAGAUACAAAAGAUUGUGAUUCAGGAGUUUAUGAUUAUUAAGAUAAUUUUAUUUGUUUAAAAAGUACUUUAUUAACUACGUCCAUCUAAAAUAUUGAUUGUUCAGAUAUGCUAAAUUGUUAUUAAUGUAUUAAGAAGUACACAAUUGAAAUAAUGAAUUUUUGUGUAGUAUGUUAAGAUGGAUAUUAUUCAGAAUGGCUAACAGGUAUUUGUUAAUCAUGUCCAGAAUCCUGUAAAGUAUGUGUCUAAUAGCAUGGUGAUAGGAAUGAUUAUUGGAAAUCAGAAAUUAAGGCUUUUUAUUUAUAUGUUUUAAAUCCAUCUAAAGAAGAUAAUGAUUUUGAAUACUAUGGAAUUAUCAAAGAAUAAUUACAAGUAUUAUGUCUUUAAUGUUAUAAUAACUAUUUAUUACAUAAAAAUAUCUGUUAUUCAGGAUGCAGCGAAGAUUGUUUGGAUUGUAGAAUUAUUGAAUAAAAUCAAGAACCUAAAAUACUUGCAAAAUGUUUUAAAUGUAGAGCAAAUUAAUAUGGACCAGUAAGAAGUUUAGUAAGUGGAUAAUUAAACAAUUGUUAAAUGUGUGCUCCUUAUUGUUCACUUUGUAUACCUAGGAGCACAGAAGAAAUUAAAAAAAUAAAUGGAUAUUUUAAUAUGGAUUCUCCUUAUAAUUAUUUUACUAAUAAAUGCUUAUUAAAAUCAGAGUCUCAAAAUGAUAUAAUCAAUAUUAUUCCUACUACUUUAAAUGUUAUUAAUUGCAAAGAUUUGAAUAAAUGCAAUAAAUCUAUUGUAAGUCGAUACAAUAUAUAUUGUUCCAAUUAUUAUACUGAUCCUAAUGAUUUAGAAAAAAAACAAAAUUUAUCAUUCCUUAAUACAUUCAUUAUGGGAGAACUUUUAACAUAUGAAAAAUCAGAACUAUUUCUUUAUUUGAAUGAACAAACAAUUCAAGAAUUUACAUAUGAUUUAGAAAUGAAAUGUUAAUAGCCAUGUAUUUAAGAGGCAGGAUUCUACUCAGUGAUAUAAACUAAUUUAUAAAAAAAUGUAUUCCAUUUGGCAAAGGUUAAUAUAAAAGUUUACUCUAAAUCAAAUUAAUGUGCAUUUUUAUAAAGCCGUCCCUUAUACAUAAAUAAUUAUAAAUCUGUGCUAUUUAAAAACAUAUUAUUUUAAUCUGUUUUAUAUGCAAUAUCAUAUGAAUAAAAAGUUGUUGAUGUUGUGUUCUAAAUAAAUAAUUAAUUUGAUACAAUAAUGAUAACAUUUGAAAAUUGUAGUUUUACUUAAAAAAAAAUAGCAAUUCCUAAUUAUCUAACAAUUACAAGUAACAGACCUCAACAUACAAAAUUAUUAAACUUAAAUUUAUACAAUUUAUAAGUUUAAUAGAGUAAAAUCUUUAAUUUAUAACCUACAGAUGAUACUAUUAUAUCUUCAUUAAUUGUUCAUAAUUUUAAGUUAUCUAAUUCUGAAUUUAAGAAUACAACAUUAUUUUAUUUUAAUGCUCUAACCUAUAAUCUCAAAUAUUAAAUAUUAUUUGAAAAUGUGAGUAUAAUCGAUACUAAUUUUACAUAAAACUCAUUUUUUAUUAACCUAGAAUUUGAAAAGUCAUAUUAAAUUGAACAUGUCGAAUUAAGAAAUUUUUAUCUAGAAAAUGUUAUUUUAAAAGAUUAAUCUACUUUUAUUUAUUUAUUAUCUUGUUAAAAUCUAUCACUUACUAAUUUUACUCUUAAAAAUAUAAUAAUGAAUGAUAACUCAGCAUUUCUUUUAUCAAAUAAUUUUACAAUAAAUGAAAUUUCUCUUGAAAACACUUUUUUAAAUUCAAGUUACUUUAUAUCUAAUUAAUAAAGUAAUACUUAUUAAAUCAAUGAAUAUAAAAACACUAAAACAUUUGAAAUAUAUGGAAUCAGAUUAAUAAACAAUAAAUAUUCAAAUGAAAAAUCUUUUAUUUAUCUUAUAAGACGAUUUGAAACUGAAAACAUUGUUUUUAAAAUUUAAAAUUUAUUAUUUUCUAAUAAUAAUUAUUAUAAAUUAGAUUCUGGUACUUAAUAUUUCUAUUUUACAUCCUAUAAAUAGGCUUUAAUUUAUAUUGAAUGUUCAUCUUGUUAAUUUUUAGAUAUAGAAAUUAAAAGGGGUGUCGGUAAUCCAGAGAUUGCAAUUAUGAAAUCAACUAACUUAUUAAUUUAAAAUUUUAAUGUAGAACAAUAUGAUUAAUUACAUAAUAAAGAUAGAUUCUUACAUUCUUCAUUUAAUUGUAUAAGUCAAUAUAACUAUUUGGAUCUCUAUUUUAUAUUAUAUAUUGGUUAAUUUCAUUAAGUUUAUUUAAUGGAAAUCUUAAUUAACAAAUUAAUUGUUAAAGAUUAUCCUUUAAUUCUUUUUGAAGGAUAAAGUUUAACAGAAUAAGUCUUAUCAGGAAUUAUUAUGAUAUAGAAUAGUUAUUUUAAAGAUAAUUUCCUUAUAACUACAAAAUUAAACGUUUAUUCUACUAUUAUUUCAAUUAAAACUUAGUAAUAAACAUAUAUAAAAUUUGAAGAUGUUAAUUUUAUAAAUAAUUGGUUGAAUAAAUAUGAAGAUGAAGUAUAAUUACAUUCAUCUACUACCAUAUUAAUUGAAACAUUUUAAGGUGAAAUCAUUUUAUCAAAUACUAAUUUUACAUCUAAUAUUUUAACUAAUUCCUCAGAUUCAGUAAUGUUUAUUAAAACAUAAAAUCUCAUAUUUCAAGAUUGUCAUUUUAUUAAUUAGAAUAAACUAAAUAUAGAUUUAAUAAGAAAAAAUAUCCUAUUAGAUUUAAAUUAAAACAAUUUAGAAUUACCCUUUGAUAAAAUUUUCCAAAUUCUUUCAUUAGGUGGAAAUGGGAAUUUAUUUGUGAAUUCAUUAAAGUUUUUAGAUAGUAGUAUCAAUAAUUCAAUUGCACUUUAAGGAGGAGGCUUUUAUAUUGCAACUACCUCUUAGGGAGAAAUUUAAAUUAUAAAUUCAUAAUUUGUUAGUACUUAAACAAUUUUAAAUGGAUAUUCAUUUUCAUUAGGCGGAUUAUUAUAUAUAGAUGCUCAAAAUAGUAGAUUGGAUUUUAAAUUAGAGAAUAGUUCAAUCUUUAGAUCUUAUUCUAGAACAGAGGGUGGUGCUAUAUUUAUCAAUCCAUCUCGUAUUGAAAAUUAAAUCACAAUAAAUAAUGUUUCAUUUAUAUCAUCAUUUUCUUUUAAAUACUCAAUAAUGACAUAUUCUCCAAAUUAAUAAUCAUCAAUAUAAUCAAAAAUAAUAUUCAAUAAUUCAAGAUUUUAGAAUAAUUAAUCAGAGUUUAAUUAAUAUAUAAAAUUAGUUGAAGAUUUAUCAACAUAAGAAAUUUAUCCAUAUUAAAUAGACAAUCCUUCAAUUCACAUUUAUUAUUGUGAUUUUACAUUAUUAAAUUCAAUUUUUAGUUAAAUUCAUUAUGCAAAUUUAAUGUAAAUAGAAAAUGGAAAAGAUAUUUUAAUAGAAAAUGUGACUGUUUCAAAUUGUUAAGUUUUCAAUUCACCUUUAAUAAAAAUAUCAUUAUUAAACAGUAAUAUAUAUAUAAUAAUAUUUUAGAUCUACCAGGAUAAUUGGUAAUGAGAAAGAUAAAUAUAUAAUAAAUAACUCAAUACAUUAAUUCUGAUAUUCUUCCAUGUAAAAAUAAUUAAAAAGAGAAGAUUGAUAAAUUAGUAUGUCCAAUAGAUAAUAAUAAAAUUAUUUAUAAACCUGAAAUUGAAUUUUAAUAGGAUGAUCUAACAUAUUAAUUGAAUUGCAAUCUAAAUAUGUUAUAUUCAUAAAUCUCGAAUAAAUUUGCUUUAGUAGAACUUAAAGAUUUUACUUAAUAACAUCAAAUAAAUAUCUUUAAUUUGGAUAUAUCAUUAAAUCUUUGUUAUAAUUGUUAUUAUGGAUUAAUUACAAUUUAAUAAAUUGAAUUUAAUAGUGUAAAUUUAAAAAUCAAUGAAAUAAUUAUGUAAAAUAAUACUUGUGGAAUAAUAGGUUGUUUAUCAAUCUUAAAUAAUUUUGAUGAAAGUAUGCUUGAUUUUUCUGAAUCUUCAAGACUUUUGUCAGAAAGAAAUAUAAACCUUUUAGAGAAUUAUGUAGACUUUAAUAUUUCUGCUAAAAUAACUAAUAGUUUAUUUAAAAAUAAUAAUGCAUCAUAUGGAGGAGGGAGUUUCUUUGCUAAUUUAAAUAUUUAUAUAGAUAAUUGUAUAUUCUUAAAUAAUCUUGCUUAAAAAAGUGGAGGUGCAAUUUAUUUUUUUUCUACUUAAAAUAAACUUUUGUUAACUAAUACAGAAAUAUUAAAUAAUUCUGCUUAAAUAGCAGGAGGUAUAUAUGUAAGUGAUGAAUAUAUUAAUUAACAUAAGGAUUUCAAUUUAUUAUUAAAAGACAAUAUAGGUAAAUAAUUUGCUAAUAAUAUUUUUGAAUAUCCAAUUUAACUUUAAUUUUCCCAAAAAUAAAAUAUUAUCUAAAAUAAUCAAAUUCUUUUAAAAAAUACUACCACAAUAAUUGAUUAAGUUCUUAUUUAGCCUUAUUCAUAUUAUGGUUCAAUUGAAUAAUCAAAAGUAUUAUUAUAUCCUUCAGGAAUCCCUAUAGCAGAAUACUAAUAUUUUGAUUCAAGUACAAAUUAAUAUAUUCCAUAUAAUUUGCAUUUUAGAAUAGUAGCCACAAAUUCAAUCAAUGAAAAAAUGUCAAAUUUAAGUGAAUCUACUUGUUAAAUAUUUGCUUCUAAAAUUGAUACUUCUAUAGUAUAAGAUUAUAACAAUUUAUAAAUAGAUGAAAAAGAGACAUCUCGAUAUUUAUCUAAUAAUAAAUAAUAAUUUAAUACUGAUACAGGAGAUUUCAAUUUUGAUAAUCUUAUUAUAUAUUUUAAUCCAAUUGAAGAAGAUUAGUAUAAUCUUUAAUUAGCAAUAAGAUGUAAAAUAGUUCAAAUACCAUAAUAUAGUGAAGAAUUUCCAUAUAGUAUUACUUCAGUCAUAAAAAAUUAUUUAUUAUUAUUAAAACUUAGAACUUUUAAAUGUUAAUUAGGAGAAUAUUUAAAUAUCAUAUCAGGUGGAUGUGUAUAAUGUGAUAUUUCAUAAAAUUAAUAUUCUGUUUCAUUUAAUGCUUCUAAAUGUGAUACCAAAGAUGAAAUUAAAAUGAAAAAUAUAUAACCAGCCAUGAUUGAAUUAAGACCAGGAUAUUGGAGAGCAUUUUAUUAUAGUAAUUAUAUUGAAGAAUGUUAUCAUUUACAUUUAAAUUGUUUAGGAGGUUGGUUUGCAGGAGAUUCUUCUUGUGCUUUGGGUCAUAUAGGAGCAUUAUGUGAAUAAUGUGAUUUAUAUGAUUUGACAGGAAAUGGAUAAUACUCAUAAAGUAAUAAGUAUGCUUGUUAUAGUUGUGAGGAUAUGGCUGGAAAUUUAGUUAAUAUUGUUAUUGUCAUUUGUUGGACAUUAUUAUCAGUAUUCUUAUCUGUUAAUAGUACUCUUAAAAUGAUUGAAGAUUUGAUUAAAUAUACAAGACUUAGAACUUUAGGUAAAUUUUACUUAUUCGAAUCAGCAUCAACCUCAGUAUUAAUAAAAGUGUUUACAAAUUAUUUAUAAAUUAUUAGUUCUAUAGCUACUUUUUAAUUAUCUAUACCUAAUGGAAUAACUUUAGCUUUUACAUCAGUUGGUAAUCCUAUUGAAUCUAUGGCAUUCUCUUUAGAUUGUUAUUUAGUUCAAGCAAGUGAAGUACCAAUUCAUUAUCUUAGAUUGGUUUGGGGAUUCUUUAUGAUCGGAAUAUACAUUUUUACAUAUUUGUUCAUUCACUUAAUCUUAUAAGUUUUCAUAAAUAAAUAAUAACUUACCAUCACUUUUAUAGUAACUACCUUAAUAUAUAUUUACAUCUAUUUAUCUCCAAAUCUCUUUGGAGGCUUGAUAUCUUUAUUAUCAUAUAGAAGCAUAUCUAAUAUUAAAUGGAUUUCAGCAAAUGUAGCUCACUAAUAUGAGACAUCUUUGCAUUAUAAAUGGCUAAUCAUUUUUGUUACUCCAGCCUUUUUAGUAAUAGGUGUAAUAUUACCUUUAUUUUUUUGGUUUAUAGUCUAUUAUUAUAGGAAACGAUUAGAUGAACCUAAAAUAAGAAAGGUUUGGGGAUAUCUAUACAAUGAAUAUAAAUUAAGUAGUUAUUAUUGGGAGACUAUUAAAAUAAUGUCAAAGGAAUUUAUUAUUUUAGUUUUAAUUUAUUAUGAAGAUUAUAUUCCAAUAAAAGCAUUAUUAAUCUUUUUUAUUUUACAUAUUUAUGGUUAGCUUACAAAUUAAUAUAAACCCUAUUAAAUAGGAGAUUUAAAUAAUAUUGAUUCUUUAUAAACUUCAAUAUGCAAAAUUUCAAUUUUAUUAGCAUCACUGAUAUUUACAGCAUAAAAUUUAAGUAUUAGUGAAGUAAUCUUGCCAUCUUACACAAUCCUAGCUGUAAUUAACUUUGCAUUCACUUUAAAAAUCAUUUAUAAAAUCUUUUUUGCUUAUUUUGAAAAAUUGUAAGUCUAGAUUGAUUCAAUCAAAAUUUAUUUAAGUUAUAGAUUACCUAUUUUUAUUAAAAAAAAUAAAUUCUGUGCUAUUUUACUUAAAAAUACUUCAGAAAGAAAACAAAUUAUUAGAUAAAGAUUUUUAAUGAUUAAAGCCUAUCUCUUAGCAGAAGCAAGAUCACUUAUCUAAUAUAAGGAGUAAUAAAUAAUAUAAAUUAAUUUUAGGUCAUAAAAAUAGACAAGUAAAACAAGUAGAAGAAAAUAUGAUGUUGGUACAUAUGACAAUUAUUCAUCUUCUCCUCUUAACAAGAACAAAAUUGUUAGAUUAAAUACAAACUACAAUUCUUCUAGGUUUACACUUAAUAUAAAAUAAUCUUCUUCAUUAAAUUGA